AUGAACCCAACCGAAGCCAAGCCCGCAACGACAACCACUGCCAUCGCUACUAAUGAACAUCAUCCAGUUUAUUCAAGAGAACAUCUUGCCAGGCUCGAUUCCCAUCUGGAGCUCAUUAGCGCCUUGACUCAUUUGGAAUCAGUCGAAUGUCAAGUUGACCAGUCUCUUUCUAAGCUCCUAUCUUCAUCAGAUAGGAUUGACUCUGCCCUCAAUACGAUUGGUGAAAUCGAACCGAUUGUCCAGGACCUGUCAGAAGAUGCUGCAGCUUUGCACGAAGUGGUAAUCGAACGAGCCGAAGUCGCUGAGAGGUUAUCAAGCAAGGUUCGUGUGCUCGAUUUGGAACAAAGUCGAGUCAAAGAUUGUAUCGACCGCGUUCAAUCGGCGGCGGAGCUCAAGGAUGCAUUCAAUCAACUUUUUCAAGCAAUCGAAUAUGCUGAUUGGGAGGCUGCAACCCGACAUGUCCAACGGGCCAACGCAAUCGAUCGCGCAUUUCUUACCAGUCAAUUUGUCGAAGCUGUUGUGCCAACAGCCAAUAUUCCUGAACCGCCAGCUAUUGCAUUAGAAAACUUGAUCAUUCAGUUGACCGAAACCUUCCUCAAGUCUUUCAACGCGGCGGCUCAAGUCAAGGAUGAAGCUGCUACAACACGUUUUUUCAAACUUUUCCCACUCCUCGGGCCAUCUGCAUCAGAAUCUGGUCUUUCGGCUUAUUCCGAUUUCGUUCGCACCUUAAUUUCUGUUCCCUCAUCGAUCACUCGACCAACGGACGGAGCCAAACCAGCGAGCAUCGUCAUCCAGCUUACUUCAAUUGUUGAACAGCUUGCUCUGAUCAUUGACCAACACCAAGGCGUUGUUGAUAAAUACUAUGGGCCGCGCUCGAUGGUCACUGUUGCGUUAAAGCUGAACAAAGAACUAGAUCGCUUGAUGGUGCGAUUGCUAUCUGCGUGGGAGACCGAUCAACAGCUCAACCGUAAGCUUCUAAGCGUACAACGAUACUCCUUCGCGACCCAGAACCAACUUCUUGCUGCAAUCAAUAACUACGGAUCCGUAAACCCUCUCAACUCUCCCGCUGCAUUGCACAGCUCCUUGCGGUCACUAGCUGGCAAUGUCCAGAGGACGUAUAACCUACCUCAGAGCUCUGUAUCAAGUCUGAAUUCAACUGCAGUAGUCUCACAUGAAGAAGACACAGAAGAUCCUCGAGAAAUUGAUUUUUUAAUCGCUGAACUGGCCGGCAUGAGUUCCCGAUGGCAAACCUACAGGAGAUUCCUAUGUGGCAGGUUUGGCGAAUUUAACCUCAAUGAAACGCAAAACAUACUGGAACGGCCAGAUGAACCGCAAUCACCUAUUUCACCCUCCACUGUUCCGAAAGAACAGCAUGCGUCGCCACCCGCGCAUAUUAGCAAACAAUUUGAGCAACUGGGGCAAACAGAGCUGAGCCAAAAACUGAAUGAAAAUUUGGAACGUUUCUAUCUACCUCUCGAAGCGUGGUAUCUCAGAAUCAACAUUGAAAAGGCACAUUCAGCCGAUGAGAUGGACCUGAGUGGAUCGCCGUAUCUUUCCUCCGCCCUAGACGAUACGUUUUAUAUGGCCAAAAAAGUUAUACUCAGGUUGAUGAGCGUAGGAAACGUAAAAUGUGUUCGGGCUGGUUUACUCAAAAUUGAAGAGACAAUACAAAGAGAUUUUGGAGAGAAAGAAAAGAGGGAAAAAUCAGUUCGAAAUUCGUGUGUCGUUUACUUGAAUAAUCUGAGUAUGGCUUCCGAAUACGUUGUUCGGCUGGUCGACGAAGUCACAAAUGGUCCCACACUCACCCAAAACUUUUUCGUCCCGGUUGAAAUUGACGAAAUAAAAUCCUGUCUGGCGGAGAUGUACAGGCUUUCAAAAAAAUUAGCAGGAAUCAAUAAGAGUGGUCUAGAGCAACUCUUCAACCAACUUAUACGUCCCAAGAUUCGGCCAAUCGUAUCAGACUGUUAUAAGGACGUCACGUAUGUAUUAGAUGAUCAAUCCUAUGCGGAGGCUGAGGUUCAAGAUCUAUUUCGGAAGCGGUUUCAAAAAGCUUGGGAAUCUUUAAUGGAUCCAUAUCGAGACUCAAUGACCACAGAGAACUUUAAAGAAUUAAUCGGGAUGACAGUGAAUCUGAUCGUAAGGACGUGGGAGAACAUGAUCAAGAACCAAAAAUUUAAUGAAUUAGGAUCGAUCAAAUUCGAUAAAGAUAUUCGAAGCAUCUCAUCGUUCUUAUCUAAUCAAACCUCCUUUGGGAUCUCGUUGAUCAAUGAAUCGUUUAUCAGGUUGAAACAAAUCUCAUCUUUGUUGCUCAUCAAAAGUAUCGAGGAUCACAACGAUGGCGAUAAUCAGAACGAGGAUGAUGACCAAGUCUUGAAAAACUUCCUCGUCGCUGAAGACAUUGAUUGGCGGUUGAACAUGUCCGAAAUUAAAAACGUUUUAGCUCAAAAAAUCUGA